AUGUUUUAAAAUUCAAAAUCAGAAGUAGAAACUCUGAGUCUUAUUAAUAAUUUAAUAGAAAAAGAUGAAAUAAUUGGAUUAUAAUGUCUUCAUCAUACAAUUCAUAAAGGAUGGUUUAAUGCUUCCUCUACUCUAAUUACAAAAUACUUUAAUCCUAAACAGAGAGAUUUAUAUGAGGAAUUCGUUAAAAUUAGAAAGAAAUUGAAAUUGGAAAAUGUUCCGCUUUUUUCAAACUUGACAAAUCUUCUACCAGAAUAAUCACCUUCUCUUGUAAAGGCUGAACCUUGUUACAUGUGGGCCUAGAACAUGACACACAUUUUAAUGAAGAUAAAAUUUAGUCCUAAGAUAGAUGUUCCAGGGUAUUUAGAAAUUUUAAGACUAAAUGUUAGUAUUACCCUCCCUGAAUUGACUGUAAGCGGUGUCGCUUUCACAGGUGACUUUCCUGUGCUUUUUUACUUAAAUAUCAAAACUUAUAAGUUUAUGAAUGCCCAUCACUCAAAGUGGUAUUAAACUGAAAUGGGAACAAUUACCUUGGAGAUUUUGAAAUCUCCUUCACCUUAUGUCUGGAGAAAUAUACAUGCUGAGUUACAUCACAAUCCUCAUAAUUAAUAUAUUUGGUGGGAAAUUUACAGAUUAUAUCAAGAUUAAUUUGAAGCUGGCUUUUCAUUGCUAGCAGAUACAGAAAUGAAAAGAGAUGAAAAAGAAGAUUAGUACCAAUUAAGAGAAGAGAGAAUGAUUUCAGAUAAAAGAUUAGUUAGAGAGAAAUUAGCAGAACAAAAAUCUAUGUAAAACCAAAUUUUAAGAGAUAAGAUGUAUUGCACUGAAAUGAGAAGCAAAAAAAGAAAUUACAUUGCAGAUCCUUUUGAAUGGGAAGCAUGGCAAAUUUGA